CACGAGUUUGGGAGCACCAGCGGCAUCGGAUUCGUCAUCCUCUCGUGUUGGUGGUACUUCUAUGAAUAAAAAAUCGAAUUCCUUUUCACAACCAUCAGCUGCACGACCACCGGCCGCGAAGAACAUCAAGCGAGCGCAGGGGAAGGGCGGAAAGCCGAAAGACGGGAGCACGAGUAGUGGCCGCGAGGAAAAAACAGGCAUCCACCUCUUUGAUAAAAAAGCGAAAACGGAUCUUGAAAAUGAUGAUGAUGAUGAUGAUGGCGAUGUUCCUCUGGUGCUGAAUGACAUUGACUUCGGGGAAGAUUUUCUUCAGGCAGAUGACCCCGCAGCUGCCUCAGCGACAAGUGCGAGAACAUCAAGAAAUCUUCCGUUGUAUACAACCAAUGCGACCACGAUGAAGAGGGACCAGCUUGCAGAUAUGGCUAGCAGAGCUGCUGGAAGUGUAGUUGUUGGCAACAAAAAAGGUGGUGCUCCUGGAGCAGCAUCGGCCGAUAUUCAUCAGUCGAAAGGCACGAUGAAGCCGGCACAGCCGACACAGCUGUUGGCUGCGGGAGAAGAUGAAGAUGGUGACCACGUGGCCAACGUAGCGGAUGAGCUACAAAUAAAUGGAGCAAAAGUAAACACAAUGUCCUCGAAGGCGGACGGUGGUAUAUUACUGGGAACAAAAGCUGGUGCGUCGAGACAGCCACGCACCCGACAGACGACGAAGCUGCGGACGCAAGUGCCCAAAAUUGUGCCGGAGUUGGCGGCGGACUUUGUUGUCAACAAGAGCCUGGUGAUUGAGGAAAGUUACCCGUUUUGGGCACCGUAUCCUGUGCAAAAGUAUCGUGCUCGUAUUGCAAUCAUGCAUUACAAGUUUUUUUUCUCAAGGUAAAUCCGCAUUAGGAAUUUUAUUUCUCACGCUGAGGGAAUUUGUCAUGCAUUUAUACGAGUGCGAUACUUUUGCAGUUCAUACGCCGCCAGUUUCGUUUAUGGAAUUUGGUUCUGAGGAGGAGCUUCACGACGAGAAUGUGGAGGACGAGGAACAGGGAGAUGAAGAUGAUGAAAGCGGGGAGAUGCUUGUUCAACCAGCUACGGACGAGCUGGAAGUACAGGUAGAGCACGGUGCAGGGGAUUAUGUUGAAAAGGCUGCUGCGGUGGACCAGGAACAGGAAGGCGAUAGCGCGCAGGUAUGAAAGAACAUUAUUUGAGCUUUUACGAAGUUUUAUUUCGCUUUUCGAUUUUUGAUAGAAGACGAUUAUACAUAAGCAGGUCUUCUAUUACACACAGACAUCACCUCUUGGCUCGACAAACCACUUCGUAGAAAUAAGAACAUGCAUGAAGAAAAUCGAAGAAGUAAUCAAAUUAUGUAAAAAUAAGCACAACUUGAAAUCAGGACGCCCAAGUAGUAGAACUCCAGCCCCCUGCUCCUGUGAUCCGCUCCUUCGUGCUGUCCAGCGAACUGGAGAAGAAUUUAGACCUUCCAAGCCCGAUUUCCAGUUCGGCCACGCCUAGUUGGGUCGACCAGAGUCCGGUGGAGUCUUCAUCUUCCGUCGGGAGCUCUGUGGACGGCAGCGGUGCCGGCGCUCUGAAAAUGAUCGGCUCAUCUUCGUCGUCGUCUAGUAGGCGAAAAAGUUUUACCAGUAACCAACUUUCAUCAGGUGCGGCUCCUCGCGCCCCGAACAAGAACCUCUUCGCACCAUUUGCUGACCAAGGAGGUGCGCCGGCCGGCGCAGGGACAGUUUCCACUUCUACCCCAACGCUGAUGGUAGUGCCAGCAGAAGGAGGAGGAGGGGCCGCAGCUCCUGGUGCCGCGGCCUCGCUCCUGGUCGAGCACAUCGCUGAAGAGUUUUAUCGCGAACCCGUUGCACCAGUUGGUCCGCCCCCUGUUGUGGAAGGUCCUCGAGCAGGAGCCCCCCGAGGACAACUGAAUCAGCAACAGAAUGUCUGGAUCCGGGAAAAUCAGACUGCUUUGGGAAAGCAAUGGAAUUUUGAACAAAUGCCAGGCGGGUUUUCAUCAACAAAAGAAAGUCAAGAACAUGUUGACGGCGACUACUCGCCAAUGGACGUAGUGGAGCCUCGACGAGCUCCUGGAGGACAACAGCGAAGGACACCAAGCAGACAGCCGAAGCUGCUUCCCCCGAAGCAGGAGUUUGAUAUUUCCUUUCAGCAACAACAUCAGAGCGGCUUUCAUCUUCCAACGUCUGCAGGAAGUAAUAAUCAGGAGACAUUCUUCAACAUUGGCAAUGUUGUGAACUGUUGUGCCAUGUAUGACUGCACGGCGCACUUGCGCAAAGACGGGAGCAGCAGUGGAAGUUCUGGGAGCUAUAAUUUCCUUCAAACAGGGUCUAUGUCGGCUUCACCUGCUUCCUCUACUGGUGGAAAAAAUCACAACAUGAAGUUCGCCUCGUCCUCCGCUGCUGCGACCGGCAAUUCCGGAACAAGGGGCCGACGCAGCACGACCAAUCCAAACACUGCCGGCCGGGCCGCGACGCACCGGGGAGGAGCUGGCGGUAGUAGAGGACAUCACCAGGAAGUAGACAAAAGACUUUUGAAUUUAUCGUCUUCUCCGAACCACAGAAAUGAUGCAGCAACCGCGUCGAACCACGCGCGGAGAUCGAAGUCCUCCGUGACGGGAAUGAUGAAUGGUGGGGGAACAACUAGUACGAACAGGGGAAGGUCGAAGUCCGGGGGAAAGAAGAUGAACCAGAACAGGCAAAGUGGCCGAGGCAGCUACGAUGAUGAGCAAGGUAAAUUGUUUCUCCCCGAUGGAGAAGAGAUCACUACGGAGGAAGAAACUCAUCUGUAUGCAUUGCAAAUAUGUCUGGGUCUGGAAGAAUGCAGGAGUUUGUCAUGUAGAUUUUGCAUGACCCUGACCCAUGAGGUCUGUGAUGCAUGCCCUAGCAUGAGAGAUUUUGCGAGGGCUUUCUGAUGCUCGUUCUGCAUGAGAAAUGCCCUCUCCGCGUAGCACAAAUUACAACUUUUUUGCUGUUCAUGCAAUACAGAUUUUAUGUAGAGUCCAAAGGUAGCAUCACAAAUUGCAUCCUUCCAGACCCAGACACAUUUGCAAUGCAUAAUCUGGCCGCCAUGGCGAUUUUGAAGGAGAAGUUUGCGUCGCGGCGGUCACUGGACAUCAUGGUCUUCGACGAGUCCCAAUUGGCAGAAAUCGUUUUGGUCAAGCUGAUCCAAACGAAACAAGUGCUUCUUUCACCGGGCCACCGCGACAAGAGCCCCUCGGCAGCGUCGAAUUGUAGUUCAAAAAGCCUCAAAAGCAGUGGCACGCCGGCAGCUGGAAGGAAUUCCAAGCGAGGAGAGAUGAACUUCAACAAGCAACACGAAAUAAGCCGCGACCUGUCGCUGACAAACACGACUUCCUACCGGUUCGAGAAGUGGUUUACCCUCUGCCACACGGGGGCUUUUACCAAGGAUUUGAAGUUCAUCAAGUACAAUCCGGAGAGUAAGUUGGAGAGAACUUCCCAGGUGUACUCGGAACACCCACGACUAGGGCUCCUCUUGGUCCUGCGCGGCGACGGGCGACUGCAGAUUUUUUCCUUACCGAAAAACCCACCAAAGGGGAGAAAUCUGUCUCUGGACCAAGAGCAGAAUAGAACGAGAUCGAGGCGAACUCGCCGGACAAAUAAGAUCGAUCGCGGAAUGCCGCAGUUGUUUCUGCCGCCGGUGUGGGAAGCGCGCGUGGAUAUUCCGCACAACGGGCUGAUGACGCGGGAGUUGGACAACCGGGACUACCGCUCGGGGGAGUACUUGAAGGGGAACUUCGCCACCGGGGAGUUUUUCUGCUUCGCGGUCUGGGAUCACGUGGGGGUGGAAAAUCAAAGCUCUGGCGACGACGUGGACCCCGGCGAUCAUGGCGCAGCUGCCCUAGUAAGCAACGCGACACCCGGCUGCGCGCCUGAGCCUGUUGGUCUUGGUGGUGGUGCUGUUGCAGGGAGCAAUAUUAAUAAAGCGAAAGGGACGAGCAACAUGUUGCUCAGUACUACUGCAGAACAACAAGGAGGCAGCAAGAAAAGCAAUACUGGACCUCCAGCACGUGGAGCUGUUGACAACAAAGACAAGAAAGGAACCCAGUCCCCUACAGUGCGCACACGAGAAGCAGAGUCGACAUCUCAACUGGCAUCUCCAGUGGCGCGCAGAACGCUUCUAAUCGCCGCUGGAGAACGGUACGGCGGGAUCCGGGUUUACGCGCCGAAGGGCAAGGUGAAUAACCCGACGUUGCUGGUGGAAGACGCGGGGAAAAAUCCGCACUUCAGUCGCUUGCGACAGUUGGAGGCAGACUACAUGGGCGGGCGGGAGGACUCAGCUCAUGCACCAGUAGGAGGUCCUCGUGGGGGUCGUCCUGUUGGUCCUGCAGGUCGCGACGAGUCGAGGCACGGCAAAACCUCGGCAUCAAAGAUGAAAAAUGUAUCGUCCAGUAAGACGAGAAAGCAAGAUGCACAACAAGAUCGAGAGCUGCAGCAUGAAGGACCACCAGGUCCAAGGCAGCUGCAUUAUCAAGGCGGACGAAAUGAAAACAACAAUCUAGUACAACCCUCGCCAAUAUUUACCGAAGACCGCGACCAUCUCGUUGCUGUUCUUAAGCCGCAGCUGAAGCAGAAAGCCAUCACGGCCGUGGCGUUUUCCCCGGACGGAACCUCUCUGAUCAGCGGGGACGCGAGCGGGAAAAUUUUCGUCUACAUGCUGCCCACCGGGGCGAUGGAGGAUGUUGAAGGGUCUACUGCCUCCACGGCGAGUUUUUCCACCACAGGAGCCGGUGCUGCUCCUACUUCUCGCGACGACGACAACGACGACGAAAACAACGGCGACGCCACGGUUUCCGCUGGUAAAAAUUCUUCCGCGAAUAAUAUUAAGGCGAAGGCUGCAACUUCCGCCACCACGUCGCAGAAACGAAAAAGCAGCGGGGGUUCAUCUCGCGGGGCUGGUGCGGCUUCGGCUUCUUCUUCGAAGCAGCAGGGCCGAAAUAUAAUGGUGAAGAACAUGAACGACGUUGACGUCUCUAUGGAACAAGUUGGAACUACCGCCAAGGAUAAUUAUCUUCUCCCCCGCACAGGUUCAUCUCGUCCUGAAGGCGGCCCACGUCGCGCCGGCUUCCACAACAUGAUGAAACCGCUCGACGAUAAAAUCAGCAACGACGACAUUUACCCCGAAAAGUUUUCCAGGAUCAACAGGGCGACCUCCGCGCCGAUCGCGGUCUUCCAAGCCCACCCGGUCCCGAUCGAUCAGCUCCAGUGGUCCAUGACCAACAUGUCCGAAGUGUUCGUGCGUCAGUGGCGCGAGUCGCAGGUUCUGAACCUGUUCGAGGGGCAGUUUCAGGGCCUGAGCUUUAAGGUGAAGGAACAAGAGCUAAUAGUUGAUGUACCAGCAGCGGAGAAUAAACCUGGCAGCAGCUACUUAGCGAUGAAACAGGAAGCUGCGAACUUGAUGAAGCAGCAACCUAACCUCCAGGGGACCGGGGCGACCACCCCGGCUUCCUCAUCCUCUGCGUUAGAUUUUUUGGACGAGGUUGAGAAUCCUUUGGGGCAGCUGAACCUCGGGACUGGUCCGUUUGAAGAAGACGAUCUGAUGGACGACAACGAUAAGAUGAAAAGCAGAGCGACUUCUUCGACACAAGCUGCACAACUCCAGCACGACCAUCAAACCGGAAAGAAACAAAACAACAACAAUAGCAAGCCAUUCCAGCACCAGCCGACCAAACCCGACUCGUCCUCUACGAUGAAGAUUUGGUCUGCGGGCCUGCACGGCAUUUCCUGCUUGUCUUGCUGUGACACAGUGCAGGGGGGAUUUCUGACCGCGUGGGACACCGGGGACGUGUUGUGGUUACUGCCGAAAUCCUUGAAAGCGCACACGAAAGUCACCAUGCAGCAGUGGUUUGCCAUCAGUUUUGAGCAGAAGAAGUUGGUGAGUAAAGGGGAGGACGAUCACGGAACGGGGGAAGUAGCUCAUGAUGCUGAUCCUUCUUCUUUGCCCCUGCUAUCCUCGUCGAGAAUGAACAAAAAUGCCACGAUUUACUCGUCUACCGCGCAGCAACAACCUUCUAGUGGUGCGCAACAAUCUACUUCCACGACUUCGUUCUUACCGAGCAACAACCUCGGCAACGCGAAUGAGCGGUGGAACCAGGCCAUUCAAGAAUCCUACGACAAAAUCUCGGGCGGACAGGAACUGAUCACGAGCAAAAUCCGGGAGAGACACCGGAGUUAUUUGGAACUAGUUUCACAGAAUCAGGAGAACAUGACGAGAAGUACCACGAGAACCAGCGACAAGACAGAAUUACAACUAGCGACAUCUUCACAUGAUAGUAAAGCGACAUCUUCAACAAAGGCUCUCUCUUCCUCAAUUAUCGGGGUUAUCGCGACAAAUUACGGCUUCAACAGUCGCGGAAUCGCGAUGAACUUGCAGCCACUACUGCACCAGGUACGGAAUUGCGAACAGAAGGUGAAUCUGAUGAGGGCCGCGAAAGAACCGAGCGUGAUGACAACGGCAACAAAGCUUCAAAGCAAAAACUUUUCUCCUGGAUCGUCCGGCGCGGGCGCAGGCAGCUCGAGCAGUAGUUUUCUGUUACAGGAAGACUUUAGAAGUCAGAAAAACGUGGACCAAGGUGGUGAUGCGGAGCAUGAAGUCACCGCAACAUGGAAGCAGCUACCGAUCACCGCUUGCAGUGUCUGUCCACGGGCUGGCGACAACGGAAUGUUUGUUGUGACUGCGAGCGCCGCUGGAAUCGUGCGAUUUGCACCCCUGAAACUGCAGGAAUAAGGAAAGCUACUUUCUUCACUCAGAUUUUUCACAACUCAGUUUGUUGAUGUGUCGGAUUCUUUGACUUGACAUAACAGCACGUGAGCCGUGUUUCUUCAGUGCACGCAAUUCCUUACAGUUACAACUUUUCUUUUCAAAAAAAUGACAAGCGAAGAAUCCAUUGCUUUUCUGUGUACUUGCAUUUGUCAAC